UUGCCCUCCGAAGCGUUCCGUGAUCCCGUCUUCUGAAGGACACAGGGGGAUAGACCAUGGCUACUUCUGUUCCUUACUCCGCGGUCACUGCGAUGGCGGCUGCUAAUGCGGCGGCGGCAGCCGCCAUAGGCUCGUCGACGUCGGCUUCCGUUCCGGUAGGCCCCCUUCUAUUAGCAGAGCAAGCCAACAAGCUCCGUCUCAUGGCUGUUUACGAUCGCCUCUCCCAAUGCUUGAACGGCGGCUCGCGUAUGGAGAAUUCCGAUGUGAUCCGCCUCUGUUACUCCUUUGCCAAAGCUAUUGAUUGUUCGCUCACACUUAAUGAUAUUCCUGGAAUUGCUCUUCGCUUGCCUCCACUAAUAAAAAAGGUUUAUGAGUGGAGGAAGAAUGCUAAUCUUCAGUCAGCUAUCAUGAUGGUGCUUAUCUCUAUCAAGAAUGCAUGCAAGAGGGGAUGGUUUCGUACUGUAGAUGCUGAGGAGCUCAUCUGCAUGGUGGAUGAGAUGUGCAGCAAAUUUUGUACAGAAUUGUGUCCAAACACUCAUGUCAGCCAUGCUUUAAGUACUAUUUCCAAAAUAAUGCCAAGGUUCUAUCCUCAUUUGAUGCUACAAAGUUUAAUUGUUUCUUUUGAAGCGAAGCCUGGUUAUGAUGUUCUGAUGUCCGAUUUCCAUUUCCCGAAGGGCCACCAUCCAGAGCAAAAUAUUAUGCUGAUUGUUGUUAAGACAGAGAAUUUGGAAACCUCUUCCUGUAUCGCAAAUCCUCAAGCGAGCUUCUUGGUCAAUGGAAAAGGUGUGGACAAAAGGAAUAAUGUCUCACCAGAUUGUGGACCUCAACUUCCGACGGACAUAUCCAAAAUGCUUAAAUAUGGAAUAAAUGUUCUUCAGACAAUUGGAUAUUUUGAUGGCGCUUACUUGAUAGCAAUAGCAUAUAUGAGCAAGAUGCCUAACUGCACUCCUGAACUGAAAGAUUACGUCCAGCCAGUUCUAGCAGCUCUUGAUUCUGAUUCUGAAAUAAUUGAAGGGCCAUCAAGAAUAUCACUUAGUUGUCCAAUAAGUUUCAAACGAAUGAAAACUCCAGUUAAAGGUCACCUUUGCAAGCACCACCAGUGUUUUGAUUAUGAAAACUUCUUGGAAAUGAACUCAAGGAAGCCAAAAUGGCGUUGUCCUCAUUGUAACCAGCCUGUCUGCAUGAUUGACCUGCGUGUUGAUCGAAAUAUGGUUAAGAUAUUAGAGGAAGUGGGAGAAGAUGUUACUGAAGUUGUUAUUCAUGCUGAUGGGUCAUGGAAUGUAGUUGCUGAACAAGGGAGAUGUUCUGAUGAAUUGUACGAUGGAACCCAAGUUCAUGAUCAUGCUGACAGCAUGGAGUGUGAAACAACUAAGUCUAAAAUUUCAAUGGCAGAUCUGGUGGACCUAACGAUGGAAGAAGAUGACAAUUAUGAUACAACACAGGCAACAAUAAGACGAGAGGCAUCCUUGGAUGGUUGUGCAAGCCAAAGUUGUGACCAUAUCUUGGAAAUUGAAGACAGGAAACCUUUGAUUGAUUUUGGAUGUAUUCCAGUGCCUCAGCUUCUUCCCAAUCCAGCACUUGCCAACCAAGCAUCCAAUCCUCCUCAGGUACCAGUGUUUCAGAUAGGAGACAGGGUUCAACAAGCAUUCAUGCCAUCCUAUGCCACUAAUGGAUCUAUGGCUUCUGUUGGAUCUCCUCACAUGGGAAGUUCACAAUCACUUCCACCAAAUGUGUUGGGUAAUCUUGUUCAUUCAGAUGCUUUUUCUCCUCUACUUGAUCAAACCCCAUUAGCAGUCCAUGCUCUUCCAGUUGCCAAUAAUUUAACCGAGAGGAUAAUUGGAAGGCCACCCAGAAAUGCAGAUAGAGCCCCUGUUGCAGUUCAGGCUCUUCCCGUGCCACAACAAACGCACAACACAUCUCGAAGAUUACAUGCUAAUUUACCUGAUAAUCAAUUAGCCUCUAAAAAUUUAUCUCCUAGGCAAUAUCAGACAGUUAAUGUAUCAAACCACCUGGAGAACUUCAGUGGAGGAAUAGGUAACAUGGACAUGCAACAAGGCAUAAGAACUGCAGAUACAUCUGCAAUGCAGGAUCAUAUUCUGAAUGAAGCGGUGCUGCAGCAAGGGAUUGGGCUACCAUCACCUAGAACAUUAAACAGUAGAUCACCUUUUAGUCAUCGGAGGGGACCAAGCGAUGUCGAUACAUUUCGAUCUUCGCUUCAACCUUCACCCUUCUCUCGAAAUUCUCUCCAAACACCGCCGGGCUUCAGGUCACCUCAAUCCAUGAGCCAAGCCAUGAAUCUUCCGUCGCAAUCGCCUAGUCUUCCGUCUGCGGUUCGGCAAGCAUCUCAUAAUACAAUUGGCCUUGCAGCUAGUAACUUUGGGAAUCAGCGAAACCACCUUACUCAAGCUUCUCUGCCACCAGAGUCUUUGAGAUCACUGUCCACAUCCACAGCCAAUUUAAUGCAAGCUCGGGAUAACUCGAGAGUGGCCGGUACAGAUCGAUGGAGGAGCUUGACGACAGGGGGAAUGCCUUCCCCACUUUCAAGGUCAGAGGGGAUUCCAGAGCUUCCACAUGAGCAAAAUUGGAGGCCAACUGGUAGAAUGAGGGGCAGCUUAACUGGUAGUGAUUAUUCUGCUGUCAUUAGUAACUAUAUGCCCCCUUUGAACCAGUCAGGCACAGCUAGGCCUUCAACUGUUCCCUCUUCCUCUGAUCAAGUUUCAGCAUUAAUUGCCAACAAUCUCAUGGCUCGUGGAGCAGUGAACCAUCAAACUAGCUCUAGUCAGGAUAAUGUUGGCUCUCAACUAGGAGAUGCAAGGAUUUAACAUGCUGAGAUACUGGAGAUCCAUAUUUAAAAUGUAUGUUCUCACCUGUAGAUUCAUCAAUCAUUGUGCAUAUUACAUGUAAUCCUUGUGAUGGGGAUAUUAGAGCAUGGAGGGUUUAUCAUUGUAGAGGUCGGAGAACUACUGUCUUGAUUGAGUCUUUAUAUUUUUUUUUGUUUUCACGUGUUGUAGGAGACUUAUGUGAUGUUAUUUAUUUUAUUACAGUUUUACCCUCACUUGAGGGAGCUUUUGUUUAGUUUGGCCAAGGGCCUUCUAGUCUUUUAUUUCUUUCAUGUUUCUGGUGCCUAUGCAUAUGGCCCAUUGUUUUCUUGUAGGGAUGAUGAAUAUUUGAUAUAAAAUUUAUGGUUAUAUGUUUCA